CUCUCCGCCGCAGUGUGGUCUCCGCCGCUGACCUCCGUCCCCUCGCCGCCGCCCGCCGGUGCCAUGGAUGCCAAGGUCGUCGCAGUGCUGGCCCUCGUGCUGGCCGCGCUCUGCCUCAGCGACGGGAAACCGGUGAGCCUGAGCUACAGAUGUCCCUGCCGAUUCUUUGAGAGCCACGUUGCCAGAUCCAACGUCAAACAUCUCAAAAUCCUCAACACUCCCAAUUGUGCCCUGCAAAUCGUGGCAAGACUGAAGAACAACAACAGACAAGUGUGCAUUGACCCGAAAUUGAAGUGGAUUCAGGAAUACGUGGAGAAAGCUUUAAACAAGAGGUUCAAGAUGUGAGAGGCGCAGGUUGGGUCAGACACCUGAGGAACCCUUACAGUAGCGCCUGGGUCUGAAAGCAGUGUUAGGAAGGGCCUGCCCCCCACUGCCCCCAGGUGGCCCCUCGCGUUUCCACGGGCUUUGUUUUGCACAGUUUGCCUUCCUUUCACCAUUUAAUUAUGUAGCAAAAUAUUAUGGUGUUUAUUUUGCAUUUAGCUUGAUUAUCCAAUGUCACUGGUGACAGAUAGGAACUUAAGCUAAGACCGUUCUUUUACUUGUUCUGUUAUAAUACCUUUCCCAUGGAGCCCCUGGUCUGACUCGGGCAUCCAGAGUAUCCUGUUUCUCUAGCUGCUCAGGCUGGGACUCCUGAAUGAGGGAGCCUUGUCCACUUUACCAAGUCCUAGGACAGAGAGCCACCAGCAGGUGUCAGGACCGGUCAACAAGGGCAAACCCUGGUGCCCUGGGGGCUUCCCUGAGCUGGAGGGGGGGCAGUGUGAGGCCAGGGGAGGGCAAGAUGCACCCCUCAUCCCACGCUCUCCUCUACAUCCCAUCACGUUCUCCUCAUCAUUCUGUCUCUCAUCCAUCAUCAUGUGUAUCCAAGACUGUCUCCAUGAUCCCGGAAAAAGACUCUCUCAAGACCAAAGCUUUCAUUUAAACUUGGCACCAAGCAGCAAAUCACAAUGUCUCGUGUUCCCGGGUCCUGAAAACACUGCACAGCUGUGUCUUGUUUGGAAUACUGUCCGUGUCCAUCCGUGUUCUUCUUCAGAAUCACUGUCCUCUGUGCAUGCGCUGUCAGUUCCUUGUAUGCAAAGGCUGAGAGUGAGGAGACCCCAGGGGGUGCUUGACCAGGCUGUGACCUGAGAGUGGAGACCUGGGUUCCCCCACUGACCACACAGCCAUGAUGGGUGAACAGAGCCCCAGGGUUUGCUUUGCAGCAGGGUUAACCUCAGAGCUUCUAUAGUUGAUAGCUCAGCACCGUGGUUUGGUCUUCAUUAUGUCAAAUCCAACCUUAUUUUGGGAAUAACAAGAAAAGAAUUUUCCACAUUUUUGGUUUUGCAAGCCCAGUCCACAAAAUAAUUAACUCUGGACAAGAAGCUAUCUUCCCCGUUAAAAUCUAAAAGCACCCUUUUCACCAUUUGACUGUCUCCCUUCAUUACACCUUGCACAGUGGCCCUGGACCUUCACUGCUGCCUCAAUUCAUUAGAAGCUCCCAGGACUUCCCCAGGCCAGUCCUCUUAGAAAUCCAGGGGACUUUAGGAAUGCAGGUUAAGAACCGGGGGAGUGUUUCCUUUUGCCCCAGGCACUAUUUACAUAGCAUUAAACAGUUUAAAAUGUUCAUUUGUUAAAAAAGGCAGGCACCUGAGGGUAUUUUGAUUAUGACUUGUCUUUAUUUGAUCUCACUGAUAUUUCCCCCCCCCCUUUAGUUCUAGACCCCAAGAACACUUUUAAAACUAGGAAAAUGAAAAAAAAGGACAAAACAAGGGAACGUAUAAAUUGACAGGGCACUGUAAAUACCAUGCAGAAAGUGUAGUAAAAUCAUCUUGAAUUGUGGGUGUCUUAGAUAAUAAUCUUUGGGGGUUACAGUAACAUGUUGGCCAUUUCAAUUAGACUCUAAUAAACUGAAUACUUAUGAUAGAAAACAGAGAAACAAAAAUUCAUUAACUGAACAAAAGAUUCAAAUCUUUAAAUCAGCUCUUUUAUUAGUUGCAAGGGCUAUAUAAAAUGGGUUUCAGAACCUUACUCAAUACAUGUUUAUAUUGAAUUUUUCAGUGGUAUCAUCACUCAUUUUCCUGGUAACUCCAGAAUGUUUAAAAAUCUCAUGAAAAUUGGAAGCAUCUUCCCCCUAGAUCCCGUAAACCCAGAAAGGUUAAAUCUCUUACUCUGAGGAAAUAAACAUGCCCCUAAAUCUUGACUACAGUUAAGUCAAGAAUCCUUUCUGUUUUCCCUCUGUCAGGGAGUAGACACUGCUGGGAAAAUUAUUUGUGUAACAAUUCCUCUACGGGCCAUCCCCUCCUAAAUGGAGCCAGCCCAACGAAAGCCAAUAUACAUUUAAAUAGUCUAUUUGCAAAGGAAAAGCUCUCCCAUCCCUCCCCCUUUGCUUUCAGAAUACAAGUCAAGUGCAUCAGUAGCCUUUGCCUGCCAUUCCCCUGGGCCCCUGGGGUUCCCCAGGUAGGUCACCACUGCCAGCCUUUGCAUCAGGACUCAGCCAAGGGGGACGAGCUGGAAGGGGGGUGGAAUCCGAGUCUAUGCGUCUGUUGUUUGCACUGUUCUUUGUCCUGCUCCUGCCAGGUGCUGAGAGCUCAGCAAGGAGGCUAAGAAGGGUCCCCUGCUUGACUACCUGUUCUCCAGAGGAAGGAGGUUUAGCUUAGAGCAGAGGGCCAGAAUGCCAAAAGAUUGCAGCAUCCCCUCACCCCCAUGUGUGAAGUCCAGAGAACUUCUAAGCCUUGUCAGUGGAUCCGAUUUGACCCUUCCCAGGUGUGACUUUCUGCCCACUCACGACCUGGCGCAUCACCACUGCGAUUUUAGCCCCUUUCCCAGGUGCAUCAUGCCCUUUUGUAGCUGAAUGAGAACUAUGAAUGAGAGGGGUCCUGAUCCCUUUCUGCAUCUUCUCAGACCCCUUUUGAGGAAGCCCCUUCUUAGGAAAUGCUCCCUAGAAACCUCCAAGUCUCGCAAGCAGAUCACUGUCAUUGCCAAGUGGAAAAAGCCACAUAGGGAACUUGUUCUGCCGCCUUGCUGGGUUCUCGGUGUCUGAGCAGUGAUGGGUUCAGUGUUAAAUGUGAUAAAUACUGUAUUUUAUAUUGUUUAAUUUGCAUCUCCCAGAUAAUGUGAAAAUGGUCCAGGAGAAGGCAGCUUCCUCUAUGCAGUGUGCUUUUUUAAAAAAAAAUAAGUAACAACUCCUUUUGAGAAACAAUUUCUACUUUGAAGUCAUAUCGAUGAAAAGAUGUAUAUGCACUUAUAAUUUUCCUAAUAAAGACAUGUAUUCAAAUGUACUUGGCUGAUGGUUUG